GUCGUCUUGCAUUUUCCUCUAUCAACGAAGAACUGCAAACUGCUUCGAAAUAAAUCGAGCUUCGGUCGCGAUAAAAUAAAUUCUUGACUCUCUUUAUCUAAUUGUGUGUGAAUCUUCAGCUGCCAAGAUGGUUGUCUCCGUGAAGGUCUUCAAGAAGGCUACACCCAACGGCAAAGUUACCUUCUAUUUGGGCCGUCGCGACUUUAUCGAUCACUUGGAUUACUGUGAUCCUGUCGACGGUGUCAUCGUUGUGGAACCCGAAUACCUCAAGAAUCGCAAAGUAUUUGGCCAACUGGCCACCACCUAUCGCUAUGGCCGCGAAGAGGACGAAGUCAUGGGCGUCAAGUUCUCGAAGGAGCUGAUACUCUCCCGGGAACAGAUUGUACCCAUGACCAACCCGAACAUGGAAAUGACACCCAUGCAGGAGAAACUGGUGCGCAAACUGGGCGCCAAUGCGCAUCCUUUCACCUUCCACUUCCCACCCAACUCGCCCAGCUCUGUGACACUGCAGCAGGAGGGCGAUGACAUGGGCAAACCCCUGGGUGUGGAGUACACCAUUCGUGCCUACGUUGCUGACUCCGAGGACGAUCGUCAGCACAAGCGCAGCAUGGUCAGUCUGGUGAUCAAGAAGCUGCAGUAUGCUCCAUUGAAUCGUGGCCAACGUUUGCCCAGCUCGCUGGUCAGCAAGGGAUUCACUUUCUCGAACGGCAAGAUUAGUUUGGAAGUGACACUGGAUCGCGAGAUCUACUAUCAUGGCGAGAAGGUGGCAGCCACCGUGCAGGUGUCCAACAACUCGAAGAAGUCGGUGAAGAGCAUCAAGUGCUUCAUUGUGCAGCACACCGAGAUCACCAUGGUGAAUGCACAAUUCAGCAAACAUGUUGCACAGCUGGAGACCAAGGAGGGUUGCCCCAUCACCCCGGGAGCCAAUCUGACUAAGACUUUCUAUUUGAUUCCUCUGGCAGCCAACAACAAGGAUCGUCAUGGCAUUGCUCUCGAUGGACAUCUGAAGGAUGAGGAUGUCAAUCUGGCAUCCUCGACCAUGGUGCAGGAGGGCAAGUCCACUGGCGAUGCCUGUGGUAUUGUCAUCUCAUACUCGGUGCGCAUCAAGUUGAAUUGCGGCACUCUGGGAGGUGAGAUGCAAACGGAUGUGCCCUUCAAGCUAUUGCAGCCAGCCCCUGGCACCAUUGAGAAGAAGCGCUCGAAUGCCAUGAAGAAGAUGAAGUCCAUUGAGCAGCAUCGCAAUGUCAAGGGAUAUUACCAGGAUGACGAUGACAAUAUUGUGUUUGAGGACUUUGCUAAGAUGCGCAUGAAUAAUGUGAAUAUGGCCGACUAAAAGAUUUCGGAUCUUCCUCUAUUUAAUACCCACACUUGGCAUUGUUGUGAAUGAUAAGAUGAUAAGAAGAUGAACGUAUCGAAAGCACUGAAAAUUGAAUAGAAAACUUUGUUGCAGCAGUCUCAUUCGGGGGCCACAAUCUUUGUAUUAUAAUCGUAUAAACGUAAAUCUAUAGCGCGCUCUCUCCAACAAACUUUAGUGGAUCUGGAGAUUAUGUUAUAUAUUAUACUAUACUAUAUAUAUGUUAUACUAUUAUGUGUUGAAAUGUUGUCCUUAUAUGCGAUAAAUGUGUUAUAUGAACUUA